AUGACGAGGAUACAGACGACGGAUACAGUUUUGGGAAGAACGCGCGAUGCAAAGUUCGUUACGACAAAAAGACGAGUCACAACCGCAUCGUCAUCAUCUUCAUCAUCAUCGACGGGGAGUAAGGGGUUUACUCGUGAUGAUAUCGUCGAGUCUUUCGAGAGCUCGAAAGCAUCCAGUGCACUCCACAACGACGAUUUAUCUCCCGUUCUGAAACAGAAUCGAACGUUUUCAACCUUCGAUACCGCUUCCUUGUGGGUCGGUUUAGUCGUCUGCGUUCCCGCCUGGCAACUGGUCUCCAGUCUCAUGGGGAUUGGAAAUUUGAGCGCUUUUCUAGCGCUAUUGCUGGUGUUUGUGGCGAAUUUAUUCGUCGUGUGGCCGAUUGUGUUGCAAGCAAACGCGGGUGUUAAAUACGGGAUCCCGUUCGUGGUGCACGCGCGGUCAUCGUUCGGGGUGAAAGGCGCGAACGUGGCUGGAUUGAGUCGCGGGUUUAUCGCGAGCGCGUGGUUCGGGAUUCAGACGGUGGUGGGCGCGAACUGUUUGAGAAGUUUAGCGGUAGAUUUCGGGGUGGCAUCGGGUGUAUCGUCGCCGUAUUUGGGAGGCAUAUGUUAUAUCAUAUUUUGGCUCUUGCAAGCGUACGUGGUUUGGAACGACGUGGAGAGCAUAAAGACGAUCGAGAAGCUCGCGGCGCCGAUUUUGCUGUUUUUGACGCUUCUCUUGUUUAUAUUUACGUGCGUUUCUUCCGGAGGUGUCGUGCAAUCGGUUCUCUCUGCGUUUGCGACGAAUGGUGGUGGUAGUAACAUGAGUAGUAAUAGUAUCGCUGGCAGUUUCUCGUGGAAAACGUUUUUCCAAGCGGCGACGGCGUCGGCUUCGUUUUGGGCGACGAUGAUAUGUAACGUGAGCGAUUUCUCGAGGUUUUCGAAAUCGCGAGAGAGUUUCGAGAAAGCGUCGUUUGCUAUGCCUUUAGCGAUGGCUGUGUUCGCGUUCGCUUCGAUAGUGGUAACGUCAUCGGCCGCACACAUUUUGAACACGAGUUCAAAUUUGAUUACCGAUCCGAUGGUGGUGACAUCGUUGUUGUCGACGCAUUUCAAUUGGGGUAAAAUAGCGAGCGUUUUGGCCGCGAUUGGUAUAUUAACGGCGACGCUAAGCACAAACAUCGCGGCGAAUAUUUUAGCACCAGCCAAUGCCAUUCAAAAUUUAGCCCCUUCGAAAUUGUCUUUUCGAACGUCCGCGAUUCUUUCGAUGAUUUUAGGCACCUUAUGUCUCCCUUGGAAACUCACCAGCGACGCGAACUCGUACAUAUUCGUGUGGUUGACUGGAUACGGCGCGUUCCUCGCUCCGAUUUUAGGAAUCAUGCUUUGCGAUUACUUCCUCAUACGAAACCAAUACUUAGUCUUGGAAGACUUAUACUCCGCCGACAAGAACAGUUCGUAUUACUUCACCAACGGCGUCAACUAUAAAGCGAUGCUCGCCUUCGCCGUAGGCGUCCUCGCAAACUUGCCUGGAUUUUUACACGCCGUAGGUCUCUGGCCGUCUUCGAUGUUGCCGCAGUGUUUAGCGCUGGCGUACGAUUGCGCCUGGUUCGUCGGCGUCCUCGUCGGUGGAUGCAUGCAUUUCGCGCUCGAGAAAUUCUUACCCUAG